CGCUCACUCCUUGGCGGAGCUCCCCACCACCUCUCUCUCUCUCGCUGAGUGUUUCUUCUCACAAUCCCCAUCCAACUCCGGCUGUCCAGAAAGCUCACGGUGGAUGGACCAGGAGCAUUGGAAUUUACCCCUCUCUUUUAGAAAAAUAAUUAAAGAACGAAACGGUGCUCUGCACACUAGUCAGGACAUCUCCAAUAACAUAGUUUAUUCUUUAUUUGUCAGAAAAAGCAAAGAAACGACUGUGGACCUUUAAAUCCAUCAAGGAUCUAAGUUUUCAGAAUCUUGCAAGAGUGUGGCCGAUGCGAAUCAGUAAACGGCUGCUUCUUCUGUGGAAGAAGAGGCCUACACUGAAGAAGCAGUGACUGUUCCAGCUCUGUUAACCAGGACCUGAAGUCAGCUUGACUUGCCAGGUAGGCAGGAGAAGGCCAUGCCGUUUGGCUGUCUAACACUGGGGGAGAAGAAGGAUUAUAACAAUCCUUCUGAGGUGACCGAAAAGUAUGACUUGGGACAGAUCAUUAAAACGGAGGAGUUUUGCGAAAUCUUCCGGGCCAAAGACAAAGCGACCUUGAAAAUGAGCACCUGCAAGAAGUUCCUGAAGAAGGAUGGGAGGAAAGUCCGAAAAGCUGCCAAAAACGAGAUCGUCAUCCUGAAGAUGGUGAAGCAUCCCAACAUACUUCAGCUGGUGGACGUCUUUGAAACCAGAAAAGAGUAUUUCAUAUUUCUCGAACUUGCCACAGGCAGGGAGGUGUUUGACUGGAUCCUGGACCAGGGUUACUAUUCCGAGAGAGACACCAGCAACGUCAUUCGGCAGGUGAUGGAGGCUGUGGCAUACCUUCACUCCCUGCACAUUGUCCACAGGAACCUGAAGCUGGAGAACUUGGUCUACUACAAUCGUUUAAAGAACUCAAAAAUUGUCAUCAGUGAUUUCCAUCUGGCCAAGCUGACGAAUGGGCUCAUCAAGGACCCCUGUGGCACCCCGGAGUACCUGGCUCCAGAAGUGAUUGCCAGGCAGAGAUAUGGAAGGCCAGUUGACUGCUGGGCUAUUGGAGUCAUCAUGUACAUACUGCUCUCAGGUAAUCCACCGUUCUAUGAUGAAACUGACGAUGAAGACUACGAGAAUCACGACAAGAACUUGUUUCGUAAAAUCCUGGCAGGAGACUAUGAGUUUGAUUCCCCAUACUGGGAUGAUAUUUCUGAUUCAGCCAAGGGGCUGGUGAACCGGUUGAUGGAUGUGGACCAAGACCAGAGACUGACAACACAGGAAGCCAUCAACCAUGAGUGGAUUUCAGGGAAUGCUGCAUCAGACAAAAACAUAAAAGACGGUGUCUGCGCACAGAUUGAAAAGAACUUCGCCAAAGCAAAGUGGAAGAAAGCGGUGCGGGUGACCACAAUCAUGAAGCGACUGCGGGCACCUGAACACAGUGCGUCAGCAGCCACUGCUCCAGCAGCUACAGCAGCUCCAGCUGCCCCGGCAGACCCAGAGGCACCAGCGGCAUCUGCAGACCCUGCUGCACCAGCCUCCAGCGAUACCCCCACAGUCAUAGAGUCAGAGAGCAGUCCGGGCAGCAGUGAAGCCACAACACCAUCAGAGCCCCAGAGCGCCGAGCCAGAGAACAAACCAGCCAGCCCAGAGGAGGACAGCCCCACCCAGCCUGACAGCUCCGCCCAAGUGGGUGUGGUGGAAGAGGAAGAGGCAGCAUCUUCACGAUGUAACGGGGAAACACCCAUCCCCCUGGAGCCUGCUAUGGAAGCCUGUGACGAGCAGAACGGCUAAAGUACCGCACAGCCCCACUCUCCUUUGUAAUAUAGCCGCUGUCAUGGUGACGCUGAAUCCGCUAAACUCUGUCACGCAGCAGAAUUAUUAUCGAGUUUAAGGAGACAGUGUCCCAUCUCUCUGGAAGGAUGCCUAAUGGAUAGUGCUUUUUUUCUUUUUUGAUUCUUUUAAAAGAGCCUUUUUUUCUUCUCCAGAAUAACCGUCUAUUUUUGCAGGCUGCUUUGUAAAACUAAGCUAAGUGAAAACUGUUGCUACUGCUUCCACUCAAUGUAGUCUUACGAGGGACUAAAUAGAUUCAUUUAUUUUUCGUUAUCUUUGUUGUACUUUCAGUCAUUCAGAUUGGUUUUGAUUUCCGUUGCACCACAAAUGAGAUACUCAGCUAAAUCCACUGCAGGCUAUUCUAACUGCCUGUCAUGUUCUUCUUUGACUUUUCUGUCGGCUUAAUAUAUAAUAUAUAGUGUAGUGUAGAGCAGGCUUGGUUAGGGUUAGGGUUAUUUAUUUGUAGGCUUGGACUGCUGUUUACACAUUGGCUCUACAGACAUCCCUGAUUCAAUGUUUUUUUUUUUUUUUUAAUUGACAUUUUUAUUGAUGCAGUGAAGAUGUUUUUAUUUUAUUUUAUUUUAAAACUUUUAUUUGAAAUGCCUUUUGUUUUAAACUCAUCGGGGCCUGACAAACUAAACUAACCAUGGGCACUUCAAAAUAAAACUGCGGAGACUCUGCUAAAUAAACUGAUUGAGCAAAGGGGAGAGAGAUCCUUCUUGACCACCAAUAUCACUUUCUAAAAUGCAGCUUUUCGUUUUCUUUUAAUGGAGGCCUCACGUUUUAGUAUUAGACUGUUAUGAGAUUAAAUUUUUUAUUCUAUUCACUGUAAUGUUUUGGGUUAAACCACAUUGAAAAUGAGUUGGAGUCAACUGAAUUACUUGCAAGUUUGACAUUAUGAAGUUUUUUGUUCAGACCUUUGUAUUGCAAUCAUAUUGCCUCUGACAAUGGGAACGUGUUUGCAUUUCUAGGCUGCAGUUUUACGCAGGCAUCCUGCAGAUUGGAGACACUGCUCUUAACUUACUGCUGUAAACAAAACUCUGUAGAAGUAGCCAAACUGGAAUGCAUUUUGAAAUUUCUUAUACAUUUCACAUUGUUUGUAAGCAACUGAUGAAUAAAAAUUUGGCAUAAGCCUCAGCCGUGUAAAUAAACAUAAAUAUGUAAGUAUAUCGCACACAUAGUAUAUAUAUAUCUAUAGUUGCAUUCCCUCUAAAUUCCAUGCUUUUCGUGAUAAAAUGAACAACUGGGCUUAAAUUACAAAGAGAGAUAGAUGGACUGAUUAUGUAGAUGGAUAUAUUUACAGGGUCACUGUAGAUAGAUAGAUAGAUAGAGAGAUAGAUAGAUAGAUAGAUAAAGACACUGUGAGCAGUCUGUUACAGAAAUAAUUUAGAAAUAUAUUUAAAUAUUAAUGAACAUAUAGUACAUUUGUCCAUAAAACUUUAAUGCAUGCACAUGUGAAAAUGCACAUGCAAACGUUCACAUGCAUUGAAUACAAAAUCACAAGUAGAAGUGCAGAAAAGUAUGGUAUAUAAGUGUGUAAUGGUACUGAUUUAGAUUAAGAAGUGUCCAGAAAAUCUAGUCAUAAUGAUGACUCAAAUGUAACCAUUUCAACUUAUUUUAUGAUUUAUCUUAUUGGUUUGAUCAUUUUCAAUUAUUUAUUGAAAUACUGUAGGAACAUCGCAGUACAUCUUAGUAAGGGAUAUUUAUUAUAAAGCUUAAUACGUAGACAUGUAUACACACAUACUUAGCCACAAAUGUACUCACCCACUUUCAUAUUAUAUGCACAUAAUUCUGUGCAAAUACAAAACUAAACUCAAAUACCUACUGUAUAUGUUUCUGUCUCCCAAGUCCAACAAAUCCUUUUCUAUCAGAUAUCAGCCUUUCUCUUCUGGACAAACGACUUUUCUUUUGUGUUUAGCCUGUCCUUCAUGACCCUUUCUGUACAAUGGCAGGGCCCUGCUUGUUUGUAGGCCCAGUCUUUCACUUGCAGGUACUGUGCUUCUUUAUUCCUCUAAACAACAACAACAAAUAUAUACUUAAAAAACAUAUACUUAAACUUUGCUCUUAGACACAAACUUCCUAUCUUGUUAUUUUUAACAAAAAAGCUACUGUGCCUCUUUAUUUUAUUCUUAUUUUGGUUGAGAAAAAACAAUGAAACUAAUAAUAAUAAUAAUAAUAAUAAAAAGAUUAAAACCAUGGGCAGGGAAUGGCAGCGGCCUGGUGGAGAGUUCUUUCUGGAUCUGUUGUCACUCCAUCUAACUCAAAGGGUAAGAGGAAAAACAGGAACUACUCGAAAAGGGGAUCUCCUACUGGAUGGUCUUUUUGUUUUGUGUUACAGAAAGCAGUCUAUCCUGCAUUUCCAAAGCAAUGUCGAAAAGUGCUUCAGACUCACUGAGUCUCCACUGAGGCAGCCAAGCAGCACUGGUGUGUUUUACAUCAACAAUACACCUGUCAUAUAUUCCAUAGGCCAUUAAGCACUCCUAAAGCAUUACUUUUUACAAUGUAAUACAUUACCUUAAACUUUGUAAUAAAAGCCUGUGGCUCAAUAGACGGCCAUUAUAGACUGUGAUACAUCUGAAGCAGCCACAUAUCUAUCUAUAAUGGUAGUGGUGCAGGUAAAAGUGGUCAAUGGUUAGAACAGGUGCCUAAUUUCCAAAAUUCUCUUUGAGUCUUAAUCUGGCCUUGUCUGUGAGUAAGUCUUUAUACAGUUAUGUUACACUUUUAUUUCAACAUACUGUGGAUGUAGGUUGUGAUGUUCUCUAACAGAUUUGUACAAUUUUUAGUUUUAUUUAAGAUUAUGGGAAUUUACUCUUAAAUCCCUUUAAUUCACACGGCAUUCAUUUUAAGUCAUUUCUCAAUGUUCCUUUAUAUAAAUAUUUUACACAACUGAAAUGGCUGCUAAUUGUGUAGUUCUGUGCAUUAAGCAAUACAGCAUGGUUCAUCAUUAAGAUUCAUGACGUCUAACUUUGUGUUUCUUGAAAAAUGCUUGAAAGGGUAGGCAAAGAAUAGAAAGGAGGUUACAAUAUUUGAUUAUAACAGUCUGUUUUUGUCAGCUUUUUAAUACAGUACUUUUCUGUUGCAUAACCUAGACACCAUGUUGGGCAAUAUUUUGUUAUCUGAAUGUAUUUAUUUGUUUAUUUAUUUGUUCGAAUGAAUAUGAAUUGAUCAAUGAACUGGUGGCUCAUGUUUCCUAUUUAAAAGCCCUCUGUGUCCCCUGUUCUAGCCAUGUUUGUUAGAAUAUCAUUUGAUGGUAAUAAAGAUUUCUUCAUUGGA